AUGGCCGCCACCACCGCCGCCCAGAAGCUCUGGUCUUGCUCCGACCUCGACUGCACCAGUGAGCAGACCUCCCUCCCCCGCGCCACACAUGGCCGAAAGGUCAUCUCCGAUUUUUUUGGCCGCAACAAAGCGGCCACAAAGGCCAUCCCAGACGAUGUCUGGCGCUGGCAGUGCCGGAAGGGCUACCAGCGAGCAAAGUACAAUGCCGACAAGAAUGGCGCGGAGGGCCAUCGCCGGUUUUUUCUGAGCCACCUCCACCACCAGAUGCUCCGCAUCAAACUUUGGCGGCCAGAGUGCACCUUCGUGGUGCAGCUCAGCCAGCCGGCUCAGGAGAGACUGGCGAGGUACCACACCGCUCUCCGCCAUUCUGGCAACGACCCUGCCGCCGCGCUCGCCGCAAUCGCCCAACCGGCCAAAGUCGGCCGCGCCGAGAAGAACCUCCUCCUCACCCUCGCCAACGCCGUGAAGCCCGCCCACGCCGACCACAUCGACACCCACUUUGUCGGCCCUGCUCGCUCUGUCGACUUCGUAAUCGACAACAUCCUGCCGUGGAUCAACGGUGAGUUCAACAAUGGCAGCAUGUCGCAAAUGCCGCCCGUUGAAUUCCUCAUCAACGAUCCACGGCAGGGUGAGACGGUGAACGAUGCUGGGGGCAACUUCGCGGCGUGGGCGGCAUCGCAGGCCAACCAGGCUCCAACCGGCGCGGCGCCUCGGCCAAGCAGAAAGCGCAGAGCAAGCGACGACGAGGACGACAUCACCACCCCGGCACCACCAAAGAAGCUGCCACGUCUCAAGGCUCUCCACGGCCCACGGCCACCCAAGCCAACAGCUUCGCCCUCCGGUCGCCGCAACAUUUUCGCAUCUGGCAGAGACACCACACCAUUCUCCCCCCUUCCUCGCCAGUACACGACCGCCGAGACCGAUGCCGCCGAUGCCCUCCUCUUGCUCCGCCAUGGCCCUAUCACACCAAAACCAUCCCGCCGCGGCAGCAGCAAGAUCACGAUUGCGUCUCUCCUCAAUCCAGCACCUACUGAGCCAUCGCUUCCCACUCCACCAGCAGAUCGCAGCCUCAAGAAGCGAGAAGAUGCCGUCGCCCGCUUGCCGCUCUUUGUCAACUCACCACCACUUCCGAAGCCCAAGACUGGCGCUGCAGGCCUACCACUUUUCGUCCCAGCGGUCAUCUUGCCAUCCAUCGAGAAAGACGAUAAGCCAGAGGUUUCUUCAAACAUAAGAGAUGCGGUUACAGGCGCAGAGCGAGCAGACGAGAGCACGACAGAUUUCGACGAUGAUGCAGAUAUGACAGACGAUGAUGAGGAGGUUGAGAUUGACGAGACUGACGAUGAGGACGAUGGUGACAGCGAGACGAGAGGCCCAAUCAUGGCAGGUGGCAAAGUCUACGCUUCCGCAAAGCGCUGA